CCAAAUGCCUCCAUAUAAAUACAGGGCAGGCUAAUGCCAGGAGUCAGUGAGAGCGUUGCUCAGGCUGUUUAAAAAAAAAUGGGAUCUUCUUGGAUCAAGCACCUUACGCAGGAGUUCACAGUGAAAAAGUUUUCCUUGAAGGCCAGGCAACCACAAUUAAUUCUGCAAUCACAGAUCAACAAGACCACUGUGGUACUGCUUCUGGGGAAUGCAGCAGCUCUAGUGGAGCACAGAUCAGCAAUCCUCUCUCAGGUUGGAUACAUCCCCGCAAACGCCUUGGCAUUGUGUUAGCUGAACAGCUCUGGCCAAGGUGAAGCAGUCUGAAGUCUCAGAGCUGCUCAAGACAUCCUCCGAGAGCACCUCUUGUUCCCUAAAUUGAAGAGUGGAGGAUCCACUCGGUGGUCUGGUUGUUCUAUCGAAUUUUCAUGGCAGCGUACAGCCUGAUCUGGUGCAUCUGCAGUGGCGUCCAGACCAACGAUCUCAAGUGGUUCAUCUUCCUCACCCACCUCACCUAUACCAUGCUCACCACCUACUUCAACUUGGCAUUGGUCAAUUUUAUUUGCUACAUAAUUUUUGGACAAAGGAGGGAAACUCAAAACAUCAAGGAAGCCUCCUUAGCAGAGUUGUCACUCUCCAGCCCAACAGCCACAGAUAUCGAAGGUGGGAGCUCGUCCUGGACAAUGAGGAAAGAAUUCCAUGCGCCGCCUUCAGUGCUGCAGCCCACCAUUAGCAUCCAGUGGGCUCUGCACAACUUGACCUGUGUGACCAGCCUCUAUGUCACCGUCGCUUUCUGGAGCAUUGACUAUGUUCCAGGGGGAGCAGCCCCUGACUCCGUUAACAUCAAUGUGCACGUGGUAAACUCGGUGCUUGUGCUACUCGAGUUGGGCUUGACCGCGGCUCCCAUUCACCUCGCCCACUUCAUCUACGUCCUGCUCUACUGCCUGUCUUUCAUCCUCUUCACCGUUGUUUACUGGGCGAUGGGCGGCACCAACCUCAAGGGGGAGACGUUCAUCUACAGGACGCUAGACUACGGCAAGAACCCAGGCGCUGCCACAGGCUGCAUUGUCGGGAGCCUCUGCAUCAUCAUGCCUCUCCUUCAGUUCCUGGUGUGGAAUCUCCACCUCUUCAGGCGUCGCUUAUCCUUCAGGCUCACGUGCAAGGAUGGCGACGUGUCGCACUGUUAACCCAGCUGUGGAUUGUCCCCCUCUCCAAAAACUGGAUUGCAAAGUUGGGCCCAAACGCAAAAAGGGAAGAGUUAUAACCACGUCAAACCUCAACGUGCAGAAUGGGGCUACAACAUUAUUCAGCCACAUUGUGAAUUCUUUUCUCCAACAUCAUUAGUUUAACCUGCUUUGCCACUGUGCUGUCCUUUAACUGAUCAUGCAUAAAGACUGUUCAGUUUCUAAGCCAGUGUACAUAUGGUGCAAUGGCAUGACUGAAAUCAUAGGUAUUUGUACCAUUGCUUCAAGCAAAGUAAAAGAUUGGAUUUCCUAGAGGUGAAACACAAAGCUGUGUUUAUAAUUUCUCCACAUGACUUAAAGACUUGCAUUGGACUUAAUAAAUGUUAUGGAGUUGGGCUGCUACCAAGAUGCAGCUGAAAUGUCCAGAUGAAGGGUCUUGACCCAAAACGUCGACCGUCCAUUUCCCUUCACAGAUGCUGCCUGACCUGUUGAGUUCCUCCAGCAUUUUGUUUGUUUGACCAAGAUGCAGUCACCCAUUGAGUGAGGCAUGUUUGUAUAUUGGAAAGAGCAGCUGCUGAAGCCCUCUCCACCCCCAGCCUCCACAAGAAAUGUUGCCAAGAAAUUUGGUCAAUGACAGAGACAUUGCCAUUACAAUCUUCUCCACAGCCAGAAGAUACAUAAGCCACAGAGAGCCUGAGCCAAAGCAAGCUAUUCACACCCGGGAAUAUACUACAACCAAAUUAUACUGGACUCUGCCAGCUCGAGAAUUUUGUGGGUUGGCAGACAAACAUGUGCGGGAAAGGAAAACAAUUUCAAAAGGGAAAAAAAAAUACAUAAACAUUGUAGACCUUCCUUAUAAUUGCUUAACGUAGCUUCAAGGAUCAUGCUGCCCUCUACACACAGAAGCAAUAGGAGCAGAAGCGGGCCGAUAGCCACUUGAUCCUGCUUUGCUCCUGGGUGAUCAAUGGCCUCAUCCACUUUCCCAUCCGAUCCCCAUAUCCAAACAUCAAAUAGUAUAAAACAUUGAUGCCACAAAUAACUGGGUCUCUAAACCUCGACUGGGUAGCAGGAUAUCUUAACUGGGAGCCUUCCCCAAUAAACUGAGUGUUCAUUCAUCAGCAAGCUCACCACCGCUGACACAACCUGGGCACCUGAAGUAGCAAGGAGGGAACUGAAAAUGCCUGCCUCGGACAGGUACCCACCAUUCAUGGAACUCACUUUUGAGAGUCAUAUCUGGAGGGUGGAGAACUAGGGGAAUGAAACGCUCACAAUGGAAUUGAAUUUUGUUACAUUGAUUAAUGGCAGACAGGUAUUACUGGCAGGACCACCAUUUAAUGCUCACCCUUACAUGCCAUUGAAAAGGUUGUGGUGAGCCAACUUCUUGAACUACAAUAGUCCUUGUUGUGAGGCUACUUUCACAGUAGUGUUUCACAGCAAAGUCCAAUAUUUAGACCCAGAGACAAUGAAGGAACAGCAAUAUACUGUAUCUCCAGGUCUGCUGAGUGACUUAGAGGGGAAGCUGCAGGUGACCGUGUCCCCAUGCACCUGUUGCUCUUACCUUUCUAGGUGGUGGAUACUGAACAUUGGGAGAGUACAAUAUAUAACUAAGCAGGAGCAGAGAGAAUGAAUCACCUCUGUAAGAAUGUUUUACCAUUGUAUUCUGUCCCCAAUUCCAGGGGCAAUAUUCAUAUAUGUAUCUGGUUCAACUUCCUUUUUGUACCUACAAUACUGUGUACUCAUUUUCAAACAUGUACUCAAUCAUGUUACCACUCAAGUAUAUCAAAUGUUUGUACAGAAUCCUUUAAAGUAUAUUGUAUUAUCAUUCCACAAUCCAAAUUAUGUGCUUCCUAAUAAAUAUUAUA